CAUAAGCAAGAACAAUUAAUUCAAGUUGAAUUUGUUAGUGAAAAAAUAUUAAUAUGGCAUCAUCAUCAAUAGGACCAUGGAUGGGUGGCGGUGGUGGACGGCGUACAGAUAUGGGGUUUCGAAUCCCAUUUUCUUCUGAUAUAUGGGAGGAUCCAUUGGGCCUGGUCUUUAGUGGUGGUGGAUUGGGCUUGAGGCGUGGUGGUGAUGAUGAUAUUUCUGCCUUGGCCCAUGCUACUGUGGACUGGCGUGAAACUGAUAAAGCCCAUGUUUUUCGUGUUGAUAUUCCUGGGGUGAAGAAGGAAGAUCUGAAGGUUCAGAUUGAAGAUGACAACAUACUGGAGAUAAGUGGAGAAAGAGUUAAAGAAGAAGAAAAAGGCGAUGACAAGUGGCACCGUGUGGAGCGUAGCCGUGGCAGCUUCCGUAGAAGAUUCCGGCUGCCAGAAAAUGUCGACGUGGAAGGCAUAAGUUGCGGGCUUGAAAAUGGAGUUUUAACUGUGGAUGUACCCAAGAAAGAAACUCAAGAGGUUCCAAAAAAUGUCAAGUCUAUAGAUAUUGCUUGAAUCACUUGGAUUUGGAUUUUGGUGGCCAUGUGUGUGUAUUUGCUACAACUACUACUAUUACUAGUUUUUGCCUUUGCUAUCCUUGUGAAUAUAGCGUGUAUAAUGGCCUUUAAAUAAGUGGGACGUUGAUGUAUGUUAUCAGUUAUAUGUACAAAUUAAGUAUUAAAGUUGUU